AUGAAGAAAGAGGGACUCAGAGGAAACUAUCGAUUAUUAAAACGAAAACCAAAGCAAAGGGAAUGCCUAUCUGAGCUGUCUCUAAAUAAUAUCGAAAAUCGAAGUCAGCAGAAAGGUAAAGAAAUUACGCAAAAGAAAUGCUUCAGGCCUUUUGAUGCUCUUCCAACAGAAAUCCUGAUUUAUAUUUUUGAUUUUUUCUCAGCAAAAGACUUAGUGAUGAAAAUUCAAUUAGUCUCUAAAUUAUGAAGGCAGCUAGCCAAUACUCCAAUGCUAUGGAAGAACUUGGAAUCAAAACAAAUAGAGAUGAAAUGGAUGGUGAGAUGCAUAAAAUGCUUAGUCGAGCGAAGAUCCAAAGGAAAGCUCUUUAGAGGAAUUCUAAGAAGCCUAGAUGCCCCUGUGAUGCUCAGAAAAGUGUAUUUAGAUGUAACAAACGCUGGAUAUGAUGAUGGAGUGCCCACUUCCUUAUUGAGAGAAAUCAGUUACCUAUCAGAACUCUCACACCCAAAUGUUGUUAAGCUCAUUGGCGGAGAAGUCUCGGGCAAAGUAGUCUACAUCUGCACAGACUAUGAAGAAUACAACCUGAAAGAAUAUAUUAAAACCUCUACAUCUGAUAAGAAUAAAAUUUCAAAUGAAAAUGUUCGAGAUCUAAUCAGGCAGCUAUUCGUAGGACUUCAAUAUAUCCACAACAAAGGAAUUGUCCAUAGAAACCUAAAGCCUGACAAUAUUCUUAUAUCAGGCUCAGGAACAGUAAAAAUUGCUGAUUUUACUUUGUCAAGGCUAACGUCAAUUCCUCAUGGCCAAUACACUCCAGAAGAUCCAAAAGAAAGAGAUAGGUCAGGAAGAGAAGCAAGGAGACUAUGGUAUAGAGCUCCUGAACUGUUAUUCCGCAAAGACAUAUAUGGUUUUGAGGUAGAUGUAUGAACUGUUGGAUGCUUAAUGGCAGAGUUAAUAACUGGCCAAGCAUUAUUCAACGGCGAAAGCGAAAUUGAACAAUUGUUCAAAAUUUUUAAAGUGACAGGAGUUCCUUCUGAUAUUUACCCUAUUCAGGCAAAAUCGUUCCCAAGCUGAACACCUAUUAACUUCCCUGAUGUUAUAGCUCUAAAAAAUUCAAAAACAUUUAAAAAUGUUUUUGCGAAACUCGUACCUGCAAGAGAGCAAAUUUUUACAGUACUAACUCCCCCCAUUUGUGAGCAAGCAAAACCAUUGGAAAAAUCCCGAUUUUUGGGUAAAAAUCCCAUUGACAAAAAAAAUUUAAUAUAAAAAUUUUUAAAGAAAAAAAAAUGAUAAUUAUUAUUAUGAAACCUCUAGCUAAUUCUGUUUAAUUUUAAACAGUUUGAAUUUCAACAAAUUAAUAUUUGCUUUAAAAUUAUUUCGAAUAUGGAUUUUUUUUAAAUUUCGAAAGAAAAAUUUACUAUAAAAUUUAUAUAUAAAUUUUUAAAAAAAAAUUAACCCCCUCCAUGUGCGAACAAAAAAAUUUUGUUCGCUCACAGAGAGGGGAGUAAGGGAAAUGGGAAAAAUCAUUGGAGAAGAUGGGCUUGAUUUAUUGCAGAAAUGUUUGGAUCCAAACCCUGCAACACGAAUAACAGCUGCUAAGGCUUUAAGCCACCCAUUUUUAGCAUCUCAAUCCCCUCAAAUAUUGUGCCCUUCUUUUGAGUUUGAAAUCCCAAAUUAUAUAGCCCAGCUCCAUGCUUUAGAAUCUGAGCUGCUUCCUUCGAACUAUUUGAAUUCUCAAUCUUAACUUAACUUAGAAAUUAGAAGGCGUCUGCCGUUUUGAUUACGCAGUCACCACGGAUCCCAAUGCGGGAUUCACCUGCUUUGCGCCGUCUUCGGUUCCACCUUGUUUGAAUUGGGGCAAUGGUUCGCUGGCCCAAGAGAAUCUGCUCGGACACUGCCUUUCUCCUUCUUCAGCUCCUGAUGAGCCUGGUAUUCUGAAGUGAGAUUUCGCCUGGACGUCUACUCCUCUCCUUGCGGCUUGAGUGUUGAGUGGGCGGGCUAUGGACUUCUGCGGCUAGCUGCUUGAGUGAACGAAGUUGACCACACAAAAAUCCCAAAAAAAAUGAAAUUUCUGGUGACCUCUCGGCAAAAAGGAAAAAUUCAAGUCCUGGGGCGUGACUCCCAGUUUCACGCUAGGCGCUUGCCCAAUUGGUCUAGGUAUUCCCUGUAGACUUUGCUGGGCUUGCCCUUUCCAAACCUGAACCCUUCCUUCCCUUCGAGGUAAAAAAACCUAAUCCUGAAUUUGGACUGAGGGCUAGGCUCUGUACAGUACCAGAAUUGCUUACCUAGCAUUGCUGUCCAUUUCUGGGUUAGUAAAACCUUGCCGGAUAUAAUUAAAAUAUGUGCUCGGAAGCUGCAUGGCCGAGAGGCCAUGCUAGGUGGAGACGCCAUAUUUUAAUUAUUUGAAUUCUCAAUCAAAUAUAAGCCACUCUAUGAGAAGUAUACUGAUUGAUUGGCUUAUCGAUGUAAGUGUCCAUUUUGAGGUUAACGAUGAAACUCUUCAUCUUGCUGUCAGCUAUAUAGAUCGAGUACUAGGCAAGUUGGCUAUUGAUAGAUCUAAGCUUCAGCUUGUCGGAGUAACUUGUAUGAAAAUAGCUGAUGUUUUCCAUGAAAGAUCUAAAGAAUAUUAUCGGCAAGAAAAUUCAAUUGAAUACGCUUACAUUACAGCAGAUGAAUAUUCCCCAUCUCAAGUAGUUACAAUGGAAAAAGAUAUUUUAAAUCUUCUGAAAUUCAGGCUACUGUCUCCAACUAUUUUAUUUUUCAUGAAAGCUUAUCAAUCAUUACUAAAUGUUGACCAAGAGACUUAUAGAAUUGCUCAAUAUUUAUCAGACCUGAUGCUCCUAUCUUAUGAUAGCAUUUUUUGCGCUCCUUCUCUAUUAGCCUCUGCAAUCCUAUAUAUAAGCUGUGCUUUUACUCAAAGAUUUGUAGAAUUCCAAGACAAAAAAUUAUUUUUCCCAAAAUACUCAAAUGAAGAAUUUGAGCAUGCAGUUCAGCAUGUAAAAGAGAUCUGGCUUGAGGCUAGAAGCAAUCCUCAAUAUACAAGGCUUGAGUCAAUAAAUCACAAAUACCAAGAUAUCAAUCCUAAGUCAUUGUGGCCUCCAACUCUUUUGUUUGAAAAUUGGAUAUACAGCUAA